CUCACUGUGGAACACCCCCCCAGCACACAGUGCGCACCAGUCAUCAGGGAUCCAGUUACCAACUUCGCCGACACCGGCCCACGUGACUCAGGUCCUCCUCAUUUUAAAAAGAGCUGCUACCCUGCAAUUCCCUCCACAGCUUCAAAGAGGUGGUAAAUGCUUCCCCCUGUGCCAGAUGACCGACCUUCGCACCUUUUGCACCUUCUGUGUCAGAGGGACAUCCACGGGAGCGCGCACCGCGACCAAAAAGUGACUUUAGCUUAUGGUGCGACUGGACUGUGUCCUCUGAGUUUCAUUUCUUCUCUGAUAAGUUGGCGUGCAUCCUGCAAAGUAGCCCAGUCGGUGUCUUCCGUCUUUGAUCUGCUGGCCAAGGAUGGUACUGGAUCAUAAGAGCGCAUUUCGCGCCUCCGUUUUGCUGGCGUGUGUGAUAAUCUGCAGUAACGUGCUAGGUCCCGUCGGUGCCUAUCUCUACAACAACCGCUACGCAGGUGAUCAAGUCUUCAGGAUAACCCCGAGUAAUGACGAGGAGGACCAAGUGCUCAAGAACAUUCUGGGACACAUGAAGGUGGACUUCUGGCAGCCCAACAGUGCCACUCUAAUCUGUCAAAAUGUCACUGUGGACGUCCAUGUGAAACGCAAUGACACACGAGGCUUACGUGCACGCUUAAAGCAGGAGCAUAUUGAUUAUCGGGUGUUUAUCUCCAAUCUGCAGAAGGAAAUUGAAAAGCAGACGGGAUAUCGCUCCUCUCGCAAGCGGAGGUCAGAGUCUCAGUAUGACUACGAGGUUUACCACUCACUGGAAGAGAUCCAGAGCUGGAUGUUUGAGAUGAACAGAACCAACUCUGACUUGGUUGACAUGUUCUCCAUCGGGAAGUCGUACGAGGGAAGACCGCUUUAUGUGCUUCAGAUAGGAAAGAGAAGUCGUCAUCAGAAGAAAGCUGUUUGGAUCGACUGUGGCGUCCACGCCAGGGAGUGGAUAGGACCUGCCUUCUGCCAGUGGUUUGUCAAAGAGGCCAUCAACUCAUACCAGCAUGACUCGGUGAUGAGACGACUGCUGAACCAGCUCAACUUCUACAUCAUGCCUGUCUUCAACGUGGAUGGAUAUCACUUCAGCUGGACCACGGAUCGGUUCUGGAGGAAAACACGAUCCAAAAACCACAAGUUCCACUGCAGAGGAGUGGAUGCUAACAGAAACUGGAAAGUCAAAUGGUGUGAGGAAGGUGCCUCUUCUCAUCCCUGUGAUGACACGUACUGUGGUCCCUUCCCUGAGUCUGAACCUGAAGUCAAGGCCGUCGCCAAGUUCUUACGCAAGCACAAGAAGCGCGUCAAAGCCUAUAUAUCCAUCCACGCCUACGCCCAAAUGCUGCUUUAUCCCUAUUCCUACAAGUAUGCCACUAUCCCCAACUUCAACUGCGUGGAGUUGGCAGCUCAUAACGCAGUGACAGCCUUGUACUCUGCCUAUGGAGUGAGGUACAGAUAUGGACCUGCCUCCACAACCCUGUAUGUCAGUUCAGGCAGCUCUAUAGACUGGGCCUACAGAAACGGGAUCCCAUACGCGUUUGCAUUUGAGUUGAGGGACACAGGAUACUUCGGCUUUCUCCUGCCUGAGUCCCUGAUCAACCCGACCUGCACUGAGACUAUGCGGGCAGUGAAGGCCAUUGCAUCAGGUCUGCUUAAGAAGUGUGAAACAGACCGGGACAGAUUUCCAUAUAUAUGAGCGCACUGUGGGUCCCCGGAGCUCCACCAUCACAGUUACUUAUCUCAACACCUCAUAUUCCUCCGAGAUUUCAUAUUCCUCCAAGAUAUUAUCAGGUGAGGAGCUGAGGAGGAGCAGCAAAGUAUGAAUUUUAAUUUGCCUUUCUCGUGUUUGGGGUUGUGAACCGUAUUUUCCUUUACUGAUGAAAUAUGAUCUGAUGGUGGCGGGUGUCAAUAACCAUGAAUCUAAUUAGUGACCAGCCUGUUUACAUAGAUCAUUACGUGUCCAAAGUCAGUGUCCUGAGCUCGAAUCCUUUCUAGCAUGUAAUCCUCUACACCUUCCCCAAAUUCUUAAUUGCUCUCGACUUACAAAAAUUAUUAAUAAUGCACACUUUUCCACGACAUAAGCUGAAUGGUGGUCACGUGAGCACUUGUCACAAUACAACAGCACUUUCCUCUAAAGAGACAGCUCAGAUUUUAAUGUCUUCCAAAAUCACAAGAACUGUUUUUAUUCGGGUUGCUUUUUAUUUUUUAAAUAGUCCUACCAAGUGCCAGUAUCUUAAUAUUAAAUGCCUUUAUUACUGCAACAUUGUUGGUGUAUAUGAUAUGCUAUCAUCUGACAAUCUUGGAUUUUUUUUUUUUUGUUCGAUUUCUUUUUCAUUUGGUUCAGACUGAGAUUUGGAUUAAAUGACCUGUCACUGCAGCAGCUCACUGUGUCAUCACUCAGGUACGGAUCAAUGACAGAGUCAGAAAUGUUUACUUUUGACAGCUUAUGUGCUUAAUAAGAGAUUCUAAUAAAUGUACGAUAUCUGACUUGAAUAGAUAUUGUUAUAUAACAAUAAAUGUUCAUGUUUUUACAUUCAUCUCAUCCUUACAUCUCUAUUUAUUUGAAAGCAGUAAAAUGUCACAGCUGUCGCCCAUAUUUGUGUUUUGUACAUGUUUUGUACACAUGUUGAUAAUAAACAUUAUUUUACUGA